AAGCAGACACUGAUGCCGCAAGACUCGGGCCUUUACGAUGUUUGGUUCUUGGACACGUUUGACGAUGUAUUGCCUACACAGGACAAGUAUCUCUAUUCCAUUCACAUCCUGACACUUGUUCAGGCACUCGAGAGAUUGAUGCAGAUUGGAACAUUAUUUGGGUCGUGGAGGCUUAGGCUGAGACAGGGUGUGAGUAAGAGCGUGCGCAGAGAUGUAAGGGGCGGAAUGGCGUUUGUGGAUCCACGCCUGUCUGGUGAGUCGUGGCCGAUAUGAUACAUGGAACAUUAGGUGCUGUCCACAUAAGUGCGCAUCUUCAUGUUGGGGACAGUCAGUUCAAACAACGAAGGCCUGACAAUGCAAGAACAAUCUAGUGGAAACUCAUGCACCUUGUUUGUGAACUAGAUCUUGAAGAGACUCUGGUGCUGAACAGCAACUCAGUCUUUUCGACGAGAACCCCGAUCCACUGCUUGUCCAACUGGAUGUACCCUGUCUCAGGGUACCUCAUCCGCUGGACCGCCUUUGCCUCCUCCACUACCAUAUGUUCUAGCCCAAGAUCCGAUGUCAUGCACCUCUGCAUAUAUCAGCACUGUUGCAAAGACUGGACGCCCCCUCUUUGCAUCGCUACUGACACCCCAAAUCCUGCAGUAGACUCACUGUUUUCAAUUUAUCCUCAAACCUUCCUGUGUAUAUUCUUCCUGUCUGAUUUCACUUGCCAUCUCACUCCCCUGGACGCACUGAUCAAUCCGUAUGACCAGGUUCCUUUGAAGGGGUUUUGGUACCGGUGCUGGAUGCGAUGGUGUUGACUAGAGCAAGAGGUCGUUGUCACGGAUGGGAGCACCUUUGGAGCGCUUGUGAAGGAUUUGCUGUGGAGGUGGCAUCGGGGGUUUGAGAUCGUGCAGAAGGGAUGGGUGCACCCUGUAUGCAAUUAAUCGCUUUCUAUGUAGCAUUGUCUAG